UAUAUUAAUCGAAUAUUUUCUUAUUAGUUUUUUCUCUAGGAAAGAAGAAAAUAUUCACUAUUUUCUCUUUUAUGUUUUUUUCUCUCUCUGGUUUGCUGUCUUUCCAAACAAGAGUUAGUGACUGAUAAUAUUUACUAAGUACCCUUUUGCCUAUAUAUUAAGAUUAUGUGGAUUACAUUGUCAACCAGAAGCAGAAAAGCUGGAAAUGUACAAGUGUAAUAAAAAGAGAAAAAACAAACAAACAAAACAGGACAAAAGAAAACAAGAUCAAGAAAAUAGAAGAGAACCCAGAAAUGGAAACUGGCCUAGUAGCUUCUUUACUCUUCUUUUUUCCCUAUGUAUCUAUGCUACGCUAUAGUGCUUAAUUAUAUUAUAACCUCAAUGCUUAAAAAGAAAAGAAAGGAAAAGAAAACACAUUACACUGCCAAGAGAAGAAAAAAAAAAGAGGGAAAAAAAGAAACACACAGAGUCCGAGGUCAUUAUUGUAGUGGCUUAACAAAAGAAAAAGAGAGAAGGAGACUGCUGGCUGUCUCUGCAGUAUCAUCAUGAUGGCACACAAAAGAGAGCAUUAUAUGCAGUAACAGUUGGGGUGGCUAAACUAAACCCAUAAUAAUCGAAGCUAUAAUCUUUUUUUUUUUUUUUCUCUCUCUCUCUAUAUAAUCUUGUUCUUGAAUGCUGGGUCUAUCUUAGCCGCUCGUGUUUGUCGCUCGUGCGCUUAAUUUUGCUAAAGCAAAAUUCCUGCACCAAUAGCCCAGAUCUCGAGGACCCUUUUCGCCAUUGGUGAUUUAACAUUUGUAACAUUCAUUUACUGGCUCAAUUUUUGAAUUCAUAGUAUGCAACUUUCCUUUCUCCGCCAUUUUCUCCUUUUCUUAUAAGUUGGCAAUUGGGUUCAAUGCAUAUAUAGAGGAAGUGCUCGAAAGAUAAGAGCUUCGGGUUUGAAGGAUAUAAAAGGACAGGCUUUUGUUUGUUUUAACGGGCUCAAAGAGUGGCGUGGGUGUGUGAAUGCUGACCCUUUGAGUUGUUACACAAGCCAUAAUCAAAGGAGGGUCGGUGAUAGUUUUUUGGUAUGGAUUGUUGCUUUGCAUGGAAACCAAGGUACUAGAAGCUUUACUCUGUGUUUCCUUCGUUUGAUUUUAUUAUUCUUAUUAUUGGGGAUCUAUUAUUUUAUUUUGGUGGGGUUUAGAACAUGUUUAACAUUUGUUUUGUCAAUUAGUCAUUGGUUGGUGUGGAGUUUGGAGUUGGUUCCUAGUACUUGCCCAUGUUUUUGAAUUGUAUAUUCAGUACUUAAGCUUGUAGCUUCAAAUAUUUUAUUCUUACCAUAAGGAGCAAAACUCGGUCCAUGAAUUGUGGCCUUGAUGGGAAUUAUAUAUAGAGGGCUGUUUAGUUAAUUAUAGAGAGAGGGUGUUUUAAUACAAUGGUUUUUAAUGUGGAAUAUUGGUCUUAAUUACUUCAAGACAUGCUGAAUUUUGAUGAGGGGGAGGAUGAUUUGUUCUUCGAUUCUGUGGAUUGCUUGUCACCUGAAGAGUCCAUUGUAAACAAAGAGUAUGAAAUUUGGUUGAAUGAGCCACAAAGUGUGAAGGAGAGACGUCAAAGCUUUUUAUGUGAAAUGGGUUUAACAGAGUUGGCCUGUAAGAGUGAUAAUGAGAUUAUUGGCUUGCAAAGAAUCAGUGAGUUCAGUGGGGCUGUAUCAAGUUCUUCAUCUUUAAGAACGUAUGGAGAAGAAGAGGGAAAUUUGGAUUGUUGUGGUAGGGAAUCAAAUUCUGAAGCCAAUUGUAUGAUCGAUGAUAUGAAGCAAUACCAGUUGGAUAAACCAAUCGUAGGUUGUGAAAAUGAGAAUUCUGAAUCUUUGACUUCUGUGUCAGAAUGUGAUCAUAGUGAUUCAGAACAAUAUAGAAGUUAUGAUGCUGGAAAGCAGAAAAUGAAGAGUUGGUGGAAAUUCUUCGUACAAAAAAGAAAGCAAAAAGAAUGUACUUGUGUAUCCAAGAUAUCAGAAUUGAAUUCUGAUACGCCUACAAUUGAAACAAACAGAAUUAAGGUUAAGCAGAAUAAGAAGAGGUGCAUGGAGUUUACAGGUGUUUAUAUGCAACAAGAACUUCGAGCUCACAAAGGCUUUAUUUGGACUAUGAAGUUUAGUCCAGAUGGCCAGUAUUUGGCUACCGGUGGUGAAGAUGGGAUAGUACGUAUUUGGCAAGUUACAUCUGUGAAUGGCUGUCAGAAGUCAUUUGCAUCAGAAGACAGUUUUGAUAUGAAAGAAGGAAAGUCUAAAAGAAAGAUGAGCCACGCCUCUGUUGUCAUUCCUGAGAGGAUAUUUCAGCUUGAAGAAUCACCAGUUCAUGAAUUUUAUGGCCAUUCUAGUGAUGUUUUAGACUUGGCAUGGUCCAAUUCCAAUUGUCUUCUUUCUUCUUCUAAGGAUAAAACUGUUCGUCUGUGGCAAGUAGGCUCUGAUCAUUGUCUGAAUAUUUUUCACCAUAUUAGUUAUGUGACAUGUAUUCAAUUCAAUCCAGUUAAUGAAAACUAUUUCAUUAGCGGCUCAAUUGAUGGAAAAGUUCGAAUAUGGGGAGUAUGUGAGCAGCGAGUUGUUGAUUGGGUUGAUGCACAUGAUGUAACAUCUGCUAUCUGUUAUCAGCCAGAUGGAAAGGGGUUUGUAGUUGGUUCCAUAACAGGCACUUGCCGUUUCUAUGAAGCAUCAGGCAAUGAUCUCCAGCUUGGAGCAGAGAUACAUGUUCAAGGUAGAAAGAGAACAGCCGGCAACAGAAUAACUGGCAUACAGUUUUCCCAGGAAAGACCUCAGAGAGUUAUGAUAUCUUCUGAAGAUUCCAAACUCCGUAUACUUGACGGGGUUGACAUCGUUCAUAAAUACAAAGGUCUGCCAAAGUCUGGGAGUCAAAUGUCAGCUUCCUUCACUUCAGGUGGGAAACAUAUUAUCUCGGUUGGAGAGGAUUGCCGUGUUUAUGUCUGGGAUUAUGAUGAAUUAUGCACCCCAUUAUCUAAACAUAAAAAAUCUGUGAGAUCCUGCGAGCAUUUCUUCUCUGAAGGUGUAUCUAUUGCAGUACCUUGGUCAGGAAUGAGAAAAGAACUAAAGGAUGUGGAUAGUGGUAGCAUUCACAGUAGAAUGCCUUCGGAGGGGGGCACUUCUCGGAGGAGAGAUUCGGAACGUUUCUCUCUUGGCAAUUGGUUCUUCAUAGACGGUCCAUGCAGAGGGAGCUCUGCAACAUGGCCUGAGGAGAAACUUCCUCAUUGGGACAUAGCAAUGGCUGAAGAGGAAUGUCAACAUCAGCACUACGAAAACUUUCAGCAGCAGCUCAUUAAGACUCAUGGUCACACCACCCUACCAAAUGCGUGGGGACUUGUGAUCGCUACAGCAGGAUGGGACGGAACAAUCAGGACUUUCCAUAACUAUGGAUUGCCUGUCAGGCUCUGAUAUUAUUUUGAACCAAAACCAUUUUUUCAUGCUGGCCCUCGGUAAUGAAGAGUCCUAAAGAGAAAAAAAGAAAACAAAACAAAAACAAACAAAAUCAAAAACAGGUUCAUGUUUUAUCCUCGACCAGGGUCAUCCACCUUGCAAGUGGACUCGAUCGGCAGCUUUAAGAGGGCAGGCUUUUGCACUAAUGUAACUUUGUCAAUGCCAAAAUUUCAUAACAAGACUCUUCUGCUUUCCUGGAUAACAUGUUCAGAAUCUGUAAUAGGAUGAGUCAAGAAACUGUAAUAGGAUGAAUCUAUUGACAUGCUCUGUAAGUUGGUAAUCUUUUGCUAUCUGUAAAUAAUACACUUUAUAUUAUACUGCCACAUGUCAUUGUUAGGUCCUUUUUAUUUAUUAUUUUUUCUUGUUUACCA